UGACUGCGGCUGGGCUUCUCGUUAAUUCCCGCGUCUAUCUCUCGGGCCAUCGAUAUAUAAACCCACCGAGACUGCCCUUGACACCGGAUCCGCACGAAGGAAUAUGGCUUCGGGGGACCUUUACGAGGUGGAGAGGAUCGUGGACAGGCGGAAGAAUAAGAAAGGAAAGUGGGAGUAUUUGAUCCGUUGGAAGGGAUACGGGAGCAAAGAGGACUCUUGGGAGCCAGAGCACCACCUGCUACAUUGUGAGGAGUUCAUAGACCAAUUUAAUGGCCUUCGUUUGCAGGACCGUCCCUCCAAGCCUGCUAAGACCAGCGGGGCAACACAUCGGCACUUCGGGCGCACUGCAAUACACGACAGCUCCAAGUGCCGCGGGGAGUCACGAAAGAAGAAGAGAACCACUGGGGCUGUGGGUGGGGGGAUUUUGGGGGAGCACAAUGUGGGGGUUCCCACAAAACCACGGAAGAUGAGUAAACCUCUGGCAGACAGAACGACCAAACCUGUGACUUAUAAGAGCGUCCCUGCGGAGCUGCAGUUUGUACCAUCUGCCAGGGUAUCUAAUACACAGCAAAAUGGAGAUAUGGACCCACUGAUUUACAGGACCACAGGCAGGUCUCAGGGCAGCAGAAUCACAGGAGACAUGGACCUAAAUAAAGCCACAGCACCGCAUGGCAAUGAAUUAGGGUCGGCACUUCCUAACGGAGACUCACAUUUACACAAUACAGUCAAACGGAAGCUAACAGAGGACAAAGGCUACAUCUUUGACAAGAGACUGAGGUACAACGUCAGACAAAACGAGACCAGCUGCAGAUUUCGAGACAUCGUAGUCAGGAAGGAAGAGGGUUUUACACAUGUCCUUCUAUCGAGCCAAACAUCAGACAACAAUGCUCUAACCCCCGAGAUAAUGAAGGAAGUGUGUCGGGCUCUGGGGAACGCGGCUGCCGAUGACAGCAAGCUUCUACUGCUCAGUGCAGUUGGGAGCAUCUUCUGCGGCGGCCUGGACGCUUCCUAUCUUAUCGGACGUUUGUCCACUGACCGCAGGAAAGAGAGCAGCAGGAUUGCUGAUGCAGUGAGAGACUUCGUGAAGGCCUUCAUCCAUUUUAAGAAACCUAUCGUGGUGGCCAUCAAUGGACCAGCUUUGGGACUGGGAGCCACCAUCUUGCCCCUUUGUGACAUUGUAUGGGCCAGUGAUAGAGCCUGGUUCCAGACCCCCUGUGCGGCCCUGCGGAUGACCCCCUCUGGCUGCUCUUCAUACACCUUCCCAAAUAUACUGGGAGUGGCACUAGCCAACGAGAUGUUGUUUUGUGGCCGCAAGUUGACGGCACAGGAGGCAUGUUCUCGAGGUUUGGUGUCUCAAGUGUUCUGGCCCACUACCUUCAACCAGGAAGUCAUGUUACGUGUAAAGGAGAUGGCUGCCUGCAGUGCUGUGGUUCUGGAAGAGUCCAAAUGCCUGAUGCGGAGCAUCCUGAAGUCUUUUCUGGAAGAUGUGAAUGAGAAGGAGUGUCAGAUGCUCAAACAACUUUGGUGUUCCACUAAAGGACUGGAUGCUCUCUUUAACUACCUGCAAAACAAGGGCUAUGAUGCCUAAACUACAGUCUCCCCUUCCAAUCGGUCAGAUCUUCAGUCCAGCUUAAAAUAACCAGUUGUGUGGAAUCAGCGUGUCUAAGACUGUCAACUGCCCAAUUACAGCUGGAUUACAUAGCAAGAUCACCAAAUCCAAAACAAAAUCAUGGCUAAAAAUGUGGUAAACAACCUCCUGGUUGUGGUUGUUGUUUUAUAUCUUGACUUUGCCGGUCUGGAAUAGUGAGGCCUGAGUUGGGCUGAAGAUCUGCUAGAGGAACUUUCACUGUGAGAACUUUAAACAGCUUCACUGUCUCGUAUGUUUGACAUACAAAAGACAUUAUGGACACAAACCAGAGCAGAUAAUGGCAUGAUUUUCUAAAUGAAGUCACACAGAGCCAAGAAUAAAUUAUUUAUUUUAAAGAUAAUGCUUUGGUGUUACAGGCAUUCAGGUUUUUUUCGAAUGCUUUUCAACCAGGAUUCCAUACACCAAAAGAUAAAUAAUAUUUAAUUAUAAACAAUAUUUUAUUUUUUAAUGUUUUAGUUGUUGUUUUCUUUCUUUAUUUGUGAUAUUCAAAG